CACCGCCUCCCAUCACAGCACAGCCAUACCCACUCGGCGGAAUCCCAUUUUCCGGUAACUGGCUCAAUCCCCAGUCCCGGCGAAAUCGCGACGGAAUCAUCACCGGAGUGUCUAUUUUCAGGCCUAAAACCAUGGCCAGAAUCCACCUCCUCCUAUCAUCACUCGUCCUCCUCCUUUCUGUCCCAUCAGAAGCCUGGCGCCCAUGGCCAAACAGCACCACCACCACAGGAGACGCCGCCGCAUUCACAGAAUCAAAACGAUAUGAAGGCUCGUCCGAGUUUGUAGACUUGAAAUACCACAUGGGUCCUGUACUGUCAUCUCAAAUAAACAUUUACACCAUCUGGUAUGGUGCUUGGCCGCUUCGCCACCGCUCAGUCAUCAAAGAUUUCCUUCUCUCUCUAUCUCCUUCGACGGGCGGUGCUGUUUCCUCCCCUUCGGUGUCGGAUUGGUGGAGAACGGUGAGACUUUACACUGAUCAGACGGGCGCGAAUGUGUCUGGGAACGUGAAUGUUGCGAGCGAGCACUUUGACGUCGGGUACUCGCAAGGGAAGUCAUUGACGAGGCUGUCGGUGCAGAGAAUUAUACGGGAGGCUGUAAAGGCGAGCAAAGGUGCGCUGCCGGUGGACCCGAAGAAUGGGAUUUACCUCGUCUUGACGGCGGAGGAUGUGCGAAUGCAGGACUUCUGCCGGGCAGUCUGCGGGUUCCACUACUUCACAUUCCCCUCAAUCGUCGGCUACACCCUCCCUUACGCCUGGAUUGGCAGCUCCACGGUGCAGUGUCCAGAGGUAUGCGCCUACCCGUUCGCGAUCCCCUCGUACAUGGGCCGUUCCUCAGGGCCCAUGCACCCGCCCAACGGCGCCGUGGGCAUCGAUGGAAUGGUCAGCGUUGUCGCACACGAGCUCGCCGAGCUCGCCUCCAAUCCUCUGGUGAAUGCCUGGUACGCAGGGGAGGACCCAACAUCCCCGACCGAGAUCGCGGAUUUGUGCGAGGGGGUUUACGGGACUGGCGGCGGAGGGGGGUACACGGGCCGAGUGAUGGUGGAUGGGAGGGGACGACACUACAAUGUGAAUGGGAGAGGGGGGAGGAAGUUCUUGGUUCAGUGGGUUUGGAGCCCUGUUAAGAAGGCUUGUUCUGGGCCUAAUGCUCUUGAUUAGCCAUACAUUCGUUCUUUACUCUCUCUCUAAAAUAGAGCCCCUCUCUAAAACAGAGCUCUCUCUCUAUAGAAUAGAGUCCAUUAGGCUUAGAUAAUCAUUUGGUUAAUCUCCUCUCUAAUAUUUUAGGGUUAAGCCUCGUUGACUCCCAUUCUUGCCCUCCUUCCUUCACCUCCUCUCUCUCUCUCUCUCUCUCUCCCUCUCUAAAGUUUAGGCUUGAAAUUAGGUUUAGAUGGUAAAUCAUUGGUUCUCUUUUAAGCAUCUUUCUAUCAGAUUUUUAGGCCAUGGCACAUUCUCUCUCUAGGGUUUUUAAACCAUGGCGUCUCUCUGUCUAGAUUUUGAACCUUGCUCAUAGAUUUUAAUUUAAAAAACGGUCACUUCCAUUUCAUAGAUACAUAAAAUGAUGGAAUUUUUCUCACCAAAUUCUUCAGGUUUGGAGCUAAGAUCAUGGCCUCUCUGUCUUAGAACACUUGCUGUUAGAAAUGGGGUUGUUAAAAUUAGGCCUUGGGGAUUCAGACACACAAGAAAAAUUAUAUUGUAAAAAGCAAGUUAUAAGACAUAUAUUCACAAAAGGUGAUUUGGGUACAUAGGUCCAUCACACUUAUCAUCUCAGUCACUCCUAAUCACCUCUCUUGUAAUUUUUUAUUCUCAUUUUGAGAUUAAUACUUAUUGAAAUUCACCUUUUAGGCUCUAUAUCAUCUCAGUCACCCCUAAUCACCUCUCUUGUAAUUUUUUAUUCUCAUUUUGAGAUUAAUACUUAUUGAAAUUCAGCUUUUAGACUA